UCUCUCUUCAUUGUUAAAGUCGAAAAAGGGGGAAAAAGCAGCAAAAACCCUAAUUAUAUUAAAAAAAAAAAAAUCACAGCCAAAAUCAAAAGAUUAAAAACCAGAUCUUCACGCUCUCUUCUCCCCCAUCAACCUCAGAAUCUCCUCGCAUAACCCAACUCAGAGAGAAUGGAUCAACAAGAGCAUGCACAGUCCGGAGCCAUGAACUACGGCUCAAACCCAUACCAAACCAACCCCAUGACCACCACAAGCGCGGGCCCCGCAGCGCCGCCGGGGCAGCUAGGCUUCCACCAGAUCCACCAGCAGCAGCAGCAGCAGCAGCUGGCUCAGCAGCUCCAAGUCUUCUGGGAGAACCAGUUCAAAGAGAUCGAGAAAACAACCGACUUCAAGAACCACAGCCUUCCCCUCGCCAGGAUCAAGAAGAUCAUGAAGGCCGACGAGGACGUGCGCAUGAUCUCCGCCGAGGCCCCCGUCGUGUUCGCCAGGGCCUGCGAGAUGUUCAUCUUGGAGCUGACGCUCAGGUCGUGGAACCACACUGAGGAGAACAAGAGGAGGACGCUGCAGAAGAACGAUAUCGCGGCGGCGGUGACUAGGACCGAUAUCUUUGAUUUCCUUGUGGAUAUCGUUCCGAGGGAGGAUCUGAGGGAUGAGGUCUUGGGGAGUAUUCCGAGAGGGACUGUCCCUGAGGCUGCUGCUGCUGGAUAUCCGUAUGGAUACUUGCCUGCUGGAACUGCUCCUAUAGGGAACCCGGGGAUGGUUAUGGGUAACCCUGGUGGUGCGUACCCUCCUAACCCUUAUAUUGGUCAACCAAUGUGGCAGCAACAGGGACCUGAUCAACCUGACCAGGAGAAUUAGCUUUGUCAAAGAAACUAGUUCUGGAAUUAAGAAAGGAGGAGACUUUUAGUGAAGAAAAUGAAAAAGAACAUAUCAGAAGAAUUUCAAAUCAGUGUGGUAGAAGAAUCUUAAGUGUUUUGUUUUAUGUCAAUUCAAUCCUUUCUUUUAAGGAUAAAUUUAGAGAUGAACCAGAAGAAGAAUGUAUAAAACUAUAACUCUGUAAGGGAACAAGUGUGUGGUUGACAAGGUUUUUAAUUUCUAUGUUAUUGUUUCUUAUUAUCUU